AUGGGCAGUCGACAUUGGAGAAUGUUCCCCCACUCCUACAUCACCCAAGCCCGCCAAACCCUUACGUUGAGAGUAAGGCCUCAAGUUACCACUCCAAAAUUCGAUUUCAAGAAGGUCAAGAAUGACAAGGAAAACGGAGAGCUGAGAUCAGACGCCUUCAGCUUGUCAUGCCAGGUAGACGGCUUCCUGGAGUCGAAGUCAACCUUUCGAGCACAAUCAAUCCUCGAAGCGAAAGCUCUAAGGCGGUUAAGCCAUGAACCGAAUGUCUAUUGGCAAGAUACCAUGGAAAUGGUUACAGCCCUGUUAAAUGCGCAUCCCUUCCCAAGGACAGUGACGCUCUUUUCUCAGACUGGAUCUGAGCUGAACCUGCUCAACGCCUCUUACAAGGACGGGUAUAGACAAUACAUGCAGGGUGAUCCGGGAAAGCGCUCCUUGAGAGUCUCGUUUCGCCUAUAUGGUCCAUAUCUUAUCACUGAAAAGACAUACGUCUUGUACUUUGCCAGGCUAGCUCUGGCCGUCGCUCUCCGUGCAAGCGAAGAGGAGGAUGCAAGGACCUAG